AUGGAUUCAACAACAGUGAUAAUGGACGAUGAGAAGAAGAUGAUGGCGACGAUGAACACUAGGCCACAAGAACCAAGAAACUGUCCAAGAUGCAACUCAAGCAACACCAAGUUCUGUUAUUACAACAACUACAGCUUAGCACAGCCUAGGUACUUGUGCAAGUCUUGUAGGAGAUAUUGGACAGAAGGUGGCUCUCUCCGUAAUGUCCCCGUAGGCGGAGGAUCUAGAAAGAACAAGAAGCUUCCACUACUACUUCCUAAUUCCUCUUCUCCAUCUUCUUCUUCUUCUUCUCCGACAUCGACCAAGAAACUCCCAGAUCUCAACCCUCCUUUUGUCUUCACAUCAUCAUCAACACCAUCAAACCCUAGCAAGACCCAUCAAAACAAUAAUGGCCUCAGUCUCUCCUUCUCCGCUUCUGCUAUGCAAGACAAGAGAUCUCAAGGACAUUAUGGUCAUUUCACAGAACAAGCUAUGACAGGAGGGCAAAACUGCCUUUUCGCAGCUCCUAUGGGAAUGAUUCAGUUUCGUCAAGAGUAUGAUGAUGACCGCAACAAGACCAAUACUGGGUUUUCAUUGGACAGGAACAAGGAGGACAUUGGUAAUAAUAAUAACUUCGUUGUUAAUGAAGGAGGAAGUAAGUUGAUGUUUCCUUAUGGAGAUCAUGAUGAACAUCGUCGUCACCAUGAGAGACACGAUGAUGGUAAUAAGAAGAGAGAAAGUGGUUCGAGCAAUGAGCUAUGGAGUGGAAUCAUCCUAGGUGGUGAUAGUGGUGGACCAACGUGGUGA